CUGCUUUAAUUUAUACCAUGAAGAUUUUUACAAUUGCUACUGUACUCGGCCUUGCCUCCCUUGCUUCUGCUGAAAUCUUCCUUCACGAGACCUUCUCUGAUGGUGAAAACUGGACCCAACGCUGGACCCCUUCAACCCACCGUGCCGACCUUGGCAAGUUGGAGGUCACUACCGGAAAGUGGUUUGCAGACGAAAACAAGAGCAAUGCUCUGAGAACUACCGAGGACUACCGCUUUUACGCUACCUCGACCCCUAUCAAGCCUUUCACCAACAAGGGUAAGGACUUGGUAAUCCAGUACGAUGUCAAGAACGAACAGCACAUUGAUUGUGGUGGAAACUAUGUCAAGAUCUUCUCUGACAAGUUUGACCCCAAGACUUUCAACGGCGACAGUGAAUACAACAUCAUGUUCGGCCCUGACUUCUGCGGAACCAAGGCAAUGGUUCAUGCCAUCUUCAACUACAAAGGUGUCAACUAUGACCUCAAGAAGACUGUAUCUGCACCUAACGACGUCGAUACCCACACAUACACUCUUAUCGUAAAGCCUGACCAGACCUACCAAAUCCUUGUUGAUGGUGAAGAGAAGGCUUCCGGUGAAUUGAUUGAGGACUGGGAUUUCCUUGGCCCCAAGACCAUCAAGGAUCCUAGUGCUUCCAAGCCCGCCGACUGGGUUGAUGAGCAUGAAAUUGACGAUCCCGAAGACAAAAAACCCAUUGACUACGACUCUAUUCCCGAGUUCCUUGCUGACCCCGAAGCCGUCAAGCCUGAAGACUGGGAUGAUGAGAUGGAUGGAGAGUGGGAGGCACCAUCUGUUCCUAACCCUGACUUCAAGGGCCCAUGGGCCGCACAGCGCAUUCCCAACCCUGACUACAAGGGUCCCUGGAUCCACCCCGAGAUUGACAACCCCGAAUACAAGGUUGACAAUGAGAUUUACGCUUAUACCUUUGGAAACCUCGGCCUCGAUUUGUGGCAGGUCAAGAGCGGUUCUUUGUUCGAUAACUUCCUUGUGACUGAUGAUAUCAAGGAAGCCGAGGCCAUCCGUCAAGAGUCCCUCGAUCUUGCUGUCAAGGAGAAGGAAGCUAAGGCUGUUCAUGAGGCUGAAUUGGCAAAGGCACAAGAAGAGGCAGACGCUGAACAAGCUGCUGUUGGUACUGAGGCCGAUGAUAAGCCUUUGGAGGGUGGCGAGUCUGGUGAUAUGGAGAUCAACUUUGAUGAACUCAACUUUGAUGAUGAAAUCAACCUCGAUGAGGCCGCCGCAGAAGUUAAGGAGAAUGUAGCCGAGAUUAAGGAAGAGGUCGAGCAGAAGAUUAUCGAGGCCAUUCCCGAGGCUGCCAAGAAGCCCGUCAAAGACGAACUUUAAAUACCAUUUUCAUUCAUUCACUAUCUUGUCCAUUCAUCUUAUCAUCCCUCUAAUGUGUGAAUUGAUAUUCACUCCCGUCAUCUCAUCUCUAAUGUAAACGCCAGGUUGCUAUUUACACGCACAAUCACAAAAGAAAAUUAUAAAGCCAAUUGAAAACAUCAAAUAAACAAGUUUUCUUCAGAAACUCAAUAUAAACUU